AUGGGAAAUUCAGAGGUACGGGAUCAGUCUGUGAGAUCCGCAAGACUCAACGAGGCUUUCGAAAGGCUCUCCUCAACUUUGCCGCUGGCGAGGUCGCCAAUUUCAGUCCCAAAGCCAGAUUUUCACUCUGUUCUCUUGACUGGCUCAACAGGAUAUAUCGGGUCCUACAUUUUAGCUUCGCUAUUACAGGAUGAGACCGUGAAUCACAUAUACUGUCUUCAUCGAGGCUUGAAUGGAGCGGCGCGACAAAAGACCAGUUUCACAGAAAAGGGGAUUCCUAUUACCUCAUCGUUCGACUUGAAAGUCGAAUUCUGUUCGGUGAACCUCUAUGAGAAAAAGCUUGGUCUCAAUGAUACAGCAUACGACAAGCUAACGGAUACUGUUGAUAUGGUCAUUCACAAUGCGUGGUCAGUCAAUUACGCAUUUUCGCUCAAAUCCUUCGAGGAAAGUGAUCUGCUCGGACUACGGAACAUCGUUGAUCUUUGUCUGCAAAGUAAACAUCGACCACGUUUGCAUUUUAUCUCAUCGAUUACUACAGUGGCUCAUUGGCCACAGUACUACGAUGCCCCUUUGACGGAGCGUAUCGUUCAUGACGCGAGACUGCCUAUUCCGAUAGGGUACGCCGAGUCAAAGUAUGUUGCCGAGUUAUUUCUUGAGAAAGCUGUCGAACAGUCAGGCUUGCAAUGUUCCAUCAUUCGACCCUCACAGAUAGCAGGCCCGACAACAAUCCGGGGGAUUUGGAAUCCAAAUGAUGUGGUUCCGAUUUUAGUCUCUACCUCAAUCAACCUGGGAGUGUUUCCAUACCACGCGACAGACCGUCUAUUAAUUGACUGGGUCCCCAUGGUUCGUAGGCAUGGCCCAAUUAUUUUUGUGCUCACAAGCUAA